UUUUCCACUUGUUAUAAAGCAAGUAAAACACUACACAUUUUGUCAUCAUCAUUACCAUAAUUUAGCAAAGUGUAUCAAGAAUGGAAGCAAAGAAAGAGAGUUGCAGUGAUGGAAAUAUCAAAAUCAAAGACUCUGAAGCUGAUCAUGAUGAUCACAAAAGUCCAGAAUUGGACCUUUUUCUUGAGAAGCUGAAUCUCGGACCUAAGAAGAAAUUGCUUAUUAUGAACCUUAAUGGAUUUCUUCUCCAUAGAGCUCGUGUCACUGACAAGAAAGCAAUUCCAAAGUCUCGGACCGCUGAUUACAAAUAUCGUUACUUUCUCCUUUACAAGAGGCCAUUUAGUGAAGAAUUUAUGAAAUUCUGCUUAGAAAGAUUUGAAGUGGGGGUUUGGUCUUCUGCAAUGGAACAUAAUGUUGAUGGUGCUUUAGCAUGUGCUAUUGGCGAUUCGAAAAACAAGCUACUAUUUGUUUGGGAUCAACAUAAAUGUAGAGAUUCUGGUUUUAAAUCCUUGGAGAACAAUAAGAAACCUCUCUUUUUCAAAGAACUGAAAAAAGUGUGGGACACUAUCAAGAAAGGAGGACCGUAUUCUGCUUCAAAUACGUUGCUGAUCGAUGACAAACCAUACAAGUCUUUCCUUAAUCCGCCCAAUACAUCAAUUAUUUUUCCUAAGUCAUAUGAUCCUGAGGACAAGGAUGACAAGGCACUGGAUCCAAAUGGGGACAUAUGCAAGUACUUGAAAGGAGUAGCUGAAGCUGAAGAUGUUCAGUCAUAUGUGAAAGAUAAUGCUAUUGGUGAACCAGCAAUUACAACAUCUCAUCCUGAUUGGGCCUUUUAUUCUCGUGUUCGUUCACGUAUAACUACCAACAAUUGAGUAAAACAUGGUUCAAUAAUGUUGCAUAACAAAAUGCAGUGGUUAUAUGUGUGUGACGAACUAUGUUUUGGAGAAAUGUUUACUUAUUUUACAAAAGACACUUGUUUCAAUAUGUGUGUGUGAAGUUUUGUAAUUUUUUCUUCAUUGUUGGUAUUAUGAUCAUACCUAUGUAACGAUGGUUUGGAUUAUACUGUUCCUUAUCUUAUUUGGACUAAGUUCAAUUUUAUUUUGGCAA